CUGACGUGGUUGCCCCUGGUGUUCGCAGCGUCUGGACUGAGGCAUGAGCCCCCGGCCGCGAGGUGGGGCCCGGUAGCACGCGGCGGGACGGGAGCGUCACCCGCACGUGGUUUGGCCCUGCGGUGCCUGGAGCAGCCAUGAUGAAACUGCUGGUGGCCAAAAUCCUUUGCAUGGUGGGCGUGUUCUUCUUCAUGCUUCUGGGCGCCCUGCUCCCCGUGAAGAUCAUCGAGACGGACUUUGAGAAGGCCCAUCGCUCGAAAAAGAUCCUCUCGCUCUGCAACACCUUUGGAGGCGGGGUCUUCCUGGCCACGUGCUUUAAUGCUUUACUGCCCGCCGUGAGGGACAAGCUCCAGAAAGUUCUGAGUCUCGGGCACAUCAGCACGGACUACCCGCUGGCCGAGACCAUCGUCAUGCUGGGCUUCUUCCUGACCGUCUUCCUCGAGCAGCUCAUCCUGACCUUCCGCAAGGAGAAGCCGUCCUUCAUCGACCUGGAGACCUUCAACGCCGGCUCGGAUGCCGGCAGCGACUCAGAGUACGAGAGCCCCUUCAUGGGGGGCGCGCGGGGCCGCGCGCUCUACGGGGAGCCCCAGGCCCACAGCCACGGGCUGAGUGUCCAGGAGCUGUCGCGCUCCAGCCCGCUGCGCCUCCUCAGCCUGGUCUUCGCCCUGGCGGCCCACUCCGUCUUCGAGGGCCUGGCCCUGGGCCUGCAGGAGGACGGCGAGAAGGUGGUCAGCCUGUUCGUGGGCGUGGCCAUCCACGAGACGCUGGUGGCCGUGGCCCUGGGCAUCAGCAUGGCCCGGAGCUCCAUGUCCCUGUGGGACGCGGCCAAGCUGGCUGUCACCGUGAGCGCCAUGAUCCCCCUGGGCAUCGGCGUCGGCCUGGGCAUCGAGAGCGCACAGGGCGUGGCCAGCAGCGUGGCCUCGGUGCUGCUGCAGGGCCUGGCGGGCGGCACGUUCCUCUUUGUCACCUUCUUCGAGAUCCUGGGGAAGGAGCUGGAGGAGAAGAGCGACCGUCUGCUCAAGGUCCUCUUCCUGGUGCUCGGUUACGCCGUGCUCGCUGGCAUGGUUUUCCUCAAGUGGUGAGCGGCCCGUCGCCGUCGUGGUCGCCCCCGCCCGGCGGGAGCUCGCCAGGAGCCCCGGACACAGGCCCGGUCCCCCAGCCCCGCGCCCCCUCGAGGCGGGGGUUCAGGCCCCGGGCACCGCCUGAGCACAAAGGGGCCCCCCAGGACCGGGCCGUGCCCCACAUCCUACAGCCCGAGCCUCGGGGGACUGUUACUGCUUUGAAAAAUACUGCUCUUAAAAGUAUUCACCAAA